AUGAUGGGCUGCCGCGUCUGCAGGGCACGAAAGGUCAAAUGUGACGGCAGACCAAAUGGCUGCCGCAACUGUGAACGCCUUCAACUCGACUGUGUCGCCGACGAUGGCACCGCCGCAAAAUUCAAGGGACCCGGAGGCUCGGGUUCGCCUCGCAAGAUUCGAACAUAUCGAUCCUGUCAAAAUUGUCGCCUGUCGAAAACAAAGUGUAACGGCGAUCGCCCGAAAUGCUCGCGAUGCACCGACAAGAACACAGACUGCAUCUAUGAUGGAGGUGCUGCGCCCAGGUGGGCGCGCAAUUUAAAUAAGGUAGAUCGGCAGACAGUCUCCGACGAUGGCAGCUCUGGCGACUCCAAAGAAAACUCGGUGGAUGUGAGCAUGGAAGAUGAACCGUACUUUGACAGCAACAAGGUGUUUGGUCUCGACAGACCAAAGUCCUCUACAACGACUUCUGAAGCAGGACAGUACGAAGAUAGCCUACAGACGCUAGUUGGCACCGGCGAAUAUACAGAUAACCCGGAAACCAUCUUAUCCCCGUCGGAUCCGAAUGCCUGGUUACUCUCGCCGAAUCUGCCAACGGGACGAUUAUUGCGACGAGUUGUCGAGCAGUACUUUGCCAAUAUACACCCGCUGCGCUGUUUUGCCUUUGUUCAUAAGCCGUCGUUUAUGCGUCAGCUUGACAAGGGAACCACUGCCGACGAUGAAACUGCACUGCUUCAUAUUGUCUGCGCGCAUGGAGCAAAAUUUUAUGUCCUCACGCAAAAUGAAAAAGCACCCGAUGCUCUCCUACUCAGCGCUGCUGGCAACCAGUGGGCAAAGCGCGCGGAAUACCUCCUCUUGGCUAACUUUGGCAAGAUUACCGUUCAGCGACUCAUGACUGCUAUCCUUCUUCACGAAUUCCACUUCCGCGCUGGCGAGUACACCCAGGCGCUCAUGAUUAGCGGCCUUGCCGUGCGCAUGGCCCAUGCUCUCAAGAUCAACACCGAGUACAACUCGGACAUUAUGUGCACGGAAACAGACGAAAAUGCACCUUCGGUUGUAUCACGAGAAAGCCGUCGCCGCCUCAUGUGGGCUUGCUACAUCCUCGACGCAUGGUCUGGCAGUGGCAUCGACCAGCUGACGCUACUUCGAGAAAACGACAUCAAAAUCCAGCUCCCGAGCAACGAACGCAACUUUGGUCUGCGCAUUCCCUCUGUAACGGAAACUCUUGGUGUUGGGCACGUUCUCCAAUUCCUUCCGCCGUCUGUGGUGCCCCGUCGCCCGGCUGCCAACAUGGGAAUCAUGGCAUACUACAUCCGCAUCGUCACGCUCUGGAAGAAGACGGUUCGCUACGUUAAUCGCUUGGACGCUCACACGCGCCCAUGGCUUCCGGAGUCUGACUUUGCGGCUUUGGAUGCCGAUCUAAAGCUGUGGCGACGCGAGUUGCCAGACUUUGUCGAAUACUCGACAGAGACUAUCUACGCUCGCCUCGACUCCAACCAGCUUGGGGCCCUGGUCCUAAUCCACUGCACAUAUCACCACAACUAUCUCGAGCUGUACAAGCUGUCCAUGCCGGAUCUUUUUAAGCUCUCGAAACCUCUGGCUGUCCCGCCAGAGCACGUGGAGUUCUUCCAGUCUGCUCAGGAAAACUGCUACUACCACGCCCACCAGAUUGCGGAUAUCCUAGCUGAGGCAGCGGACCAUGGGGCUCGUCUGCUCUCUGAUAGUCUGCUACCGUAUUUUGUCUACGAUAGCAGCAGAGUAAUGCUCUACUAUGUAGCACGCCUGCUGGAUCCCAAUCGUGAGGAUGCGCGAGACAAGGUCCGCGAGGCCAUCAAUGCCGUCGAGAGCAAUAACACUGUGCUGCGGCUCAUGUCUUCACUCUUCCCCAUUGCCAAGUCUCUGUCAAAUACGAUUGACCGCUGGUUGAGCAAGAUUCGUCACGCAUCGAACCGUGAGGAACUUGUACAUCACCUUGAAGGUGAACGAGAACCCGAAAUCCCAGGUGUUGAAAUUCCCAACCCGUCUCUCAGCAGCCCUGGGGCCAACCCUGAUCUCAGCCUCCCCUCCAUCUCCCUUCACUCUCUUGCUCGCACCGGUGUUGGUGCUCGCCGCGCGGCGGAUCGCUCACCCUCAGAAGGCGGUGGCAAGCCAGCCGCCGGCAGCCCUUGGCCCGUGGAAUCUCCAGCGAGCGCCAAUGCCUGGAGUGACCGCAGCAGCGUGGCGCAGCAGCUUCUCGGUCUUUCCAAGGACGUAGGCUCGCCCAUGCGUUCUGGUCUGCAGCACGAGCGUCCCGUCACGGUCCAGGCAUCUCGUAAGGCUGCACAAGCUGCCAAGGCUGUCUAUGACGGCUUAGAUCUAGACGAUCUGCAAAACUUCCUUUCGUGGGACAUGUAUGGUAUCCGCGACAUGGGCGACCCCAUUGACGAAGGCGUAGAAGAUAUGGCAGCGCAUUCGUGGGCAGGCGCCAUUUAAUGUAUUGAUUUGUGGGUGUUUUGGCGUCGUUUUUAGGAUACUACAGGAUGAGAUAGCUACGAUACCACGAUAUUUUGAUACCACUGUUCACAUGAGACGACCUUCCCUGCGACCAUGUAACAAGAACAUACUAUAAUAAUCCCCACGGGGCA